UAAACACAGUGUUUUUUCGGUGUUUUUCGCGAUAUUCGCGGUUUAUUUUUCGACAAAAACGUGAACGAAGUGCUUCUCUAGUGGUGAACAGUGAAAGUUUGUACAGUGUGUACCGCUAUUUGUACGGUACAGUGCGGGCCAAAAGUGUGUGAACGGCAAAACAUCAAUAUUGGAAAAGUGCUUUUUUCUUGCUUGUUUUGCUAUUUAGAGGCUGUGUAGAAGCAAGUAAGCGAGCAGAUUCAUCACUGCACAUCUACAGUGUGUCCCAAAAUUGUGGGAACACUUCGGAAAAAAACGACGUUGAAGGGGCAAAUAAGGUAAGAUCUUUCCUUUUCGUUACCUUUUUUGUCCAUUUGGGGUUGGUAUCGGGUGACCGUGCCACAGCGCAUUUACCAACGUCUGGUGGUGUGAUCCAAGAUGGCGGCCGCUAGUAGCGGUGACCCGGGAGGGUCAAGCAAAAGAAGACUACCAGAGUACAUGGACCCUACGAACAAAUUCGGCGAAUUGACGUUCCUGCAGUUAACCGGCAAAGACGGUGUACCAUUGCCUAGAAACCCGUUCAUCAUCGGUAAAUCGGUAGAGGUUGUCGCUGGAGGUCCAAUCGAAGGUGCGAAUACCGAAGCUCAAGGGACACGGUAUACCCUUCGAGUUCGGAAUCCUGCCCAAGUUGCUAAGUUGCAGAAAAUGACCCAGCUCAUUGACGGCACUGAAGUAGUGGUCGAAGCUCAUCCGAAUCUGAACGUAAGCAGAUGCGUAAUUUCCUGCUACGAUCUGAUUCAUAUGGAAGAGAAGGAUGUUUUACAAGAAAUUAUAAGCCAGGGAGUGAUUCGUGUACAGCGAAUUACAAGAAAGGAAGCUGAGAAGAGAGUGAAUACGCCAGCGCUAAUCUUGACCUUCUGUAAAACCACAUACCCGGAAUACAUAAAGAUCGGUUUGCUUCACGUUCCUACUCGCCCAUACUUCCCGAACUUGUUACGGAUGCUUCAACUACGGCCAUACUCGCGUUCGAUGUCCUGGUCCUCAGCGAUGCUUUAAUUGCUCGAAAGAACAACACGGCGAAGAAAAAUGUAAAGAAACUGCGUACUGUCGGAAUUGUGAAGGCGAUCACCAACCAACAAGCCGCGAAUGUCCUGUGUAUAAAAAAGAAAUGGAGGUCAUAAAAAUAAAAAUCCGCGACAAUCUAACAUUCCCGGAAGCACGCAAACGAGCGGAACAUCUAAG